UUGCUAUGAAUCAGAGUUGAAGCGUCACAUUGGCGAAUGUGUGUGCAGGGAGAUAUGGCUCUCAGCUUGAGGGGGGUGGAGCUUGCUUUGUAGUUCCUAUGGGGACCAGACUGUAAAAGCGAAGACCUGGGCAAGAAGUAUCCCACUCAACUAAUCCACCCACAUACAGACGCUUACACUCAUCCGGUCACCAACAAUACAAACACAUCCCUUCACAAGAGUCGGGCGAUUAAAACAGGAAGUCUUGUGCUACACCUGUUUUAUUUCAACAGAUCCGAUUCGCUUUUCGUUCUAGAACAGGUCGUGCCUGUGAGCACUGCACCACCGCGGUGGAGAUUCUCCUGCUGGGAGCCACCGCUUUGCAGGAUGGAAAAGUAUGAAAAGAUUGGAAAGAUUGGAGAGGGCUCAUACGGAGUCGUAUUCAAAUGCAGAAACAAAGACACGGGCCAGAUUGUGGCCAUCAAGAAGUUCGUAGAAUCUGAGGAUGACCCCAUCAUCAAGAAGAUUGCCCUUCGGGAAAUCCGUAUGCUUAAGCAACUGAAGCACAGUAACCUGGUUAACCUAAUCGAGGUGUUCCGCCGUAAGCGCAAGCUGCAUCUGGUGUUUGAGUACUGUGAUCACACUGUCCUGAAUGAGCUGGACCGCUACCCCCACGGAGUUCCUGAGCACUUGGUGAAAAGCAUCACCUGGCAAACGCUCCAGGCUGUCAACUUCUGCCAUAAACAAAACUGUAUCCACCGGGAUGUAAAGCCAGAGAACAUCCUCAUCACCAAACAGCAGGUCAUUAAGCUCUGUGACUUCGGUUUCGCCCGGAUCCUCACCGGUCCCUGUGACUACUACACAGAUUACGUUGCGACCCGGUGGUAUCGGGCCCCUGAGCUGCUGGUGGGGGACACACAGUAUGGCCCCCCAGUGGACGUGUGGGCAGUGGGCUGUGUGUUCGCUGAGCUGCUCUCUGGCGCCCCCCUCUGGCCGGGCAAAUCUGACGUGGACCAGCUCUACCUCAUCAGGAAAACACUGGGGGACCUGAUCCCCAGGCACCAGCAGGUCUUCAGCACCAACCAGUUCUUCAGUGGAGUAUCAGUCCCUGAGCCACAGGAGAUGGAGACUCUGGAGCAGAAAUAUCCAAACCUCACUUACCAAGCGCUCAGUCUUAUGAAGGGCUGCCUGCGGAUGGAUCCAUCAGAGCGACUGACGUGUGGGCAGCUACUGGAGCACCCGUACUUCGACAGCCUGCGUGAGGAGAGCGAGAGUGUGGCCCGAGAGCUCGACCGGGCCACCAAGAGACGCUCACGGCAACCCCGCAAACACCUGCCUCCUGGGUAUUUGCCUCAGCUAACCAGCAGCAGCAUCUUCCCCUCCCUGGACAACAGGAACAACAAAUACUUCAACAACCUGCGCAAAUUCAACUACCACCUCCCCAACAUCUAACACGCACAUACAAACCUUCUCCUGCAUAAACACAAACACACACACACACAUACUAACACACACACACACACUAACACACACACGCAUACCAGCAGUUUCCUUGGAUAACUCAGGGAUGAGCCAAUGCUACGGAGACCCCUCGCUCUCACACACUGCAGAAGACGAUCCAAUCAGAUUGUCGGGACGGCAGAGAGGAGGGAAGUGGCCAGUGCAGGAAUAUCCCUUGUUGUGAGGACGCACUGAAGCGUGAACAAAAACAGGGAGGUCUGAGGUGAAACUAAGCUACCAAAAACUGUUCACUCAACUGCUCACUAGUACUCUUGUAAUCCAGACUGCUAGGUUUUAUAGCUCCUUGACAUAUUGCCUGAUCCAGGAACAGCACUUCUGCACUGUAUUACACAAAAUACCUUUGAGAUAGCCAGUUUAAGAUGACGUAAACUGGUAACCCUUAUCUGAUCAGCUCCUCUCAGGAGUGGUAACCAUUUAACGCAAGAGCGGGUAAUCUUAGUCAUUAUCUCAGUAAUCUCACACCCAGUGUGGCUGCAGGUUUAUUGUACACCAAGAGCAUUUUACAGGAAGUGUCAUGCCUAAAACCCUUCCCUCAUUUACAAAAGCAGAGUGUUUUUGUUGUUUUUAAAAAACAAUCAUGUGAAUCUAAAGCCAUGUUUGAAAACCUCAUGUUUCUUAAUAUUUCAAGCAUGUUCCCGUUUUUCAGUUUUUCUGUCUCUGAUAAAUGUAAACACCUGCAAAAAAACAUCUGAGGCACAGACUAUGCAUACAAUGUAUGUAUAUAUUAAGAAAUGAACAUAGCACACAGUACACGUUUCAGAACCGUUCUAAAGGUAAAGUAGAACGUACUACACCAUGAAUGUUCCUACAGUCUUCACAUGGUUGAUUAAGGGUACUCGAGGCUCCUGAUUUGCUGCUUUGAACUCCUGCAGUCACACAGGUGUUUUCAGGAUAAGACGGCCCACUCCUGAUUCCCUUCCUUCCAGUCUUAACAGGUUUAGUACAGAACUUAGUCUGGUUCUAAGCCCUCACUGCAGUUAUCUAUAGGGUCUGAUGCUUCUCUAUGCAUUGCAACACCUUAUCUACAAAGAGCUUUUUUUUCAGCUACUGAUUAGUAAACUACUUCAGGUUGCAUUUGUUAGUUAUUGGAUGUAUUUGUGAAUGUUGAUUAUGAGCAGUCAGUGCUCUGCUAACUGUAUGUAGACAGCAAAGGGACUACAAGACUCUACUGCCUUUUCCUGUUUGCCAAAUAUGAUUGUUCAUUUUGUAUAAUUGUUUGUUUCUUUUCUUUUUUUUAAAUGUAUAUAAGAGUUAAUCAAUGACAUGAUUGUAGUGAAUUACGCACAUGUUCUAGAGCUGUAUUUGGGGGUUCCAUAUCGAUGGGAGGGGAUCAUUGAUGACAAGACCACAUUGGGAGGGAAAGCGAUCUUGUUUUUGCUCAGUGAAUCAGCAGGCCUGCCUGCCAGUUUGGAUUCAGGCUAAGACUGGAUUCACACUCAGAAAGCGAAGCGGUCACUGAAAAGAGAUGGCCAACACCUCAUUUGACGCAUCUCACACAUUAGGACACACUGGCACUUACCUGGGGCAUCUUCCUCUUAGCAUCGAGCUUUAGCCAGCUGGUACCAGAGCCUUUUAAAUAAAAUACUUGGAGGGUAGCACUAACACUGCCUGGUCAGCUGCCAUUUUGAUCUAGGUCAGUGUGCUGUUGUAAUAAUUACAGCAACACUUGGUGAGCUGUUGAAAAACAAAUUUUAACUCUUCAGAUAUUCAGAUCAGAUAUAAGAAAAAUACCAUACUACACAAAUGCGACUUUCAAAAAGUUGUUGGAGACAGACUAAACGCUCACGUUAAGCAAGAAGUAGGAAAGAUAGCAGGUAAAAAUGACACCGACUCUUGACACCGACAAAUGGUAACGUUGAGACAGGCUGGCUGCAGUGACAGAGGUCACAGAAGAUAACCUCAACGCCAGCCCAGUUCACACUCUCCCUGCAGAUAAUGUCCAGAGUCAAACCCAGGGUCAUCCAACGCAGUGACAGCACAGCACAGCACAGCACAGACCCCAUCAGAAAUUUGUCAUUCGAUUUAGCAAAAUAUUGAUUUAUUUACUGAGCAGCUCUUCAGAUGCAGCCAUCUGUUAAUUUGAGUGAAGUAAAAAAAAAGAACAAAUGUAAAGUUUUAAGGUAGCUUUAUUAAUCAGAGAGGUUGGAACCAUAUAUAUUACCUGACUAGUGGUGCUCUACAGCCCUACAACUCCCCUUGACUUGCACCAAAUGCCAAAUCAAUGAAUUACAUGACUCCAAAGUCAUAGGUCUUUGUAAUUUUUAGCUUCUUUAUGCAUGCAUAAAAGCUUUCUUAAUAAUACCAAUGCUUCUGUAGUACUUUUCUAUGGAGUAAUAAUAAUAAUGUUUGACACCUAGAUGAACAUAGCGAAACGAUAUUAACAUCUCUUUUUCUCAAACUGUUUUCUUUGUUGCUAUAAAUAAAGUGCCGUGAACAAGC